AUGGAGGAAAUUAGUGGUGGGUGUGCGGAGGAUGCAGGUGGCGAGGUCGGGCGGCUGCAAGAAGAGCUCAGGAAAGCAGAGGAGCGCAUGCGGCUGUGGAAGGAGAAGACACAGGUUGCAGUGAAUGAGUUGCGUGAUCGUAUUGUGAAACUCACUUCUGAACGCAACGAGUUGCAGGAGGCCUUCACGGAACUCAAAAAUCAUCAGGAGCAACAACGACAGCAAGAUGCGGAUGGUGGUUCGAAAUAUACCGCUGAUGGAGCUUUGUCGUCGUCUUCAUAUUCUUCCCUCGUCUACGUCCCAGCCGCAACGAUCGUGCGUGGUAUAAUGCAAUGGACAAUUGCGACUGUAGAUGUCUUUUUUCCCAUUUUGUUGAAGAAGUCAGAGUUUGCGUUGGGUCUGGCGGCCUGUACAUCCCAGGAGUUAGACAAGUGUAAACGCCGCACAGCUCAAACGUUGCGAUUACAGGCGAAAAACAUUGAGGCACUGCAGUCAGAAAUCUCUGGUCUUCAGCAGCAGUUAAACGAGGCGCUCGCAGAGGUCAGGGAGCGCAAUCAUGCGAUUGAUAGUCGUGACCAAGCACUUUCUGUCCUUCAAAAUCGUCUGGAGGAUCUUGAGGCGGCUAAUUUGCGACUCGAGUCCUCACGAGUGCUGUUGAGCAAUAAACCAAAUGCGGAGCAAAUCAAUAUGUUUGAAGAGCGUCUAGAAGAGGAAUUGGAAAACGUGCGACGUGAAUUUGUGUCCCGUGAGAAUGUCAUUUUUGAUCAACACCGUGACGAAAUUGAGAGGCUUUUGGCCAAACACGAGGAGGAGGUGGCGGAGCUGCGGGCUGAAUUGGAGGAAAAAAUACUUGCCGCGGAGACGGCGGUGGACGCGACAGCAGCAGCGAAGGUUGACGCCAAUCUAGCAGACAGGAACAGCGAGGGGGCUUACAUGGAUCUUAUGCGGGAUUUUGAGGCUCUGCAGGAUGAGCUGAAGGUGACGCAGGGAGAGAACGAGACAAUUAUGGCGGAGCUGCGGGAAGUGAGGGGAAAGUUGGCGCACUUUAACGGUAAUGGUAAUAGUAAUGACAAUUCGUCGGUGGCUUCUCAGAAGGAGCCUUUUACGCUACCGGAGGCGGCGGUGCGCAUUGCAGAACUUGAGAGUGGGAUGAUGAGGCUCUCGGAGGAGUUGUGUGAGACGAAGAAACGGCUUAUCGCGGCGAAGCAUCAGGCUAAUGCCAGGGAUCUUAGUCGUUCGCAUGUGUUGGAGGGACAACAGCUUUCUUAUCUGAAGUGCAUUGUUGUGAAAUUGCUUGGCGCUACUGAAUGCGGUGAUGUGGGGAGAAAUCUAUUGCCAGUUCUUAGCACACUGUUGAACUUUAAUUCGGAGGAUCUGCAGGAGUUAUAUGCUGCGCACCCGGAUUGGGUGAAACGAAGAUUUUGA